CCCCCGAUGGAGGAGCGGGGUGGGGGCGGCUUCGCCGUAGUCGUUUGUGUGAGGUGAAGAACGACGGUCGGCGGGGGGAGGUCGCUGGUUGCCGUGAGGGGCUGACGGAGCGAGCCUCGCCCGCCAUGUCGCUGCACGGGAAGCGCAAGGAGAUCUACAAGUACGAGGCGCCAUGGACCGUCUACGCCAUGAACUGGAGCGUCAGGCCCGACAAGCGCUUCAGGCUGGCGCUCGGCAGCUUCGUGGAGGAAUACAACAACAAGGUCCAACUUGUUGGGUUGGAUGAGGAAAGCUCUGAGUUCAUUUGCCGGAAUACCUUUGAUCACCCAUAUCCUACUACCAAGCUCAUGUGGAUCCCAGAUACCAAAGGGGUAUAUCCAGACCUUUUGGCAACAAGUGGUGACUACUUGCGUGUCUGGAGAGUGGGUGAAACAGAGACCAGGCUAGAGUGUUUGCUGAACAACAACAAGAAUUCUGAUUUCUGUGCUCCAUUGACAUCCUUUGACUGGAAUGAAGUGGAUCCUUAUCUGCUGGGUACCUCUAGUAUUGACACAACUUGCACUAUCUGGGGUUUGGAGACUGGCCAGGUCUUGGGAAGAGUGAAUUUGGUGUCAGGCCAUGUCAAGACCCAGUUGAUUGCCCAUGAUAAAGAGGUCUAUGAUAUUGCAUUCAGCCGUGCAGGAGGUGGGAGAGACAUGUUUGCUUCUGUUGGUGCUGAUGGCUCAGUGAGAAUGUUUGAUCUGCGGCACCUGGAACAUAGUACAAUUAUAUAUGAGGAUCCUCAACACCAUCCUUUGCUUCGCCUUUGCUGGAAUAAACAGGACCCUAAUUAUCUUGCAACAAUGGCAAUGGAUGGCAUGGAGGUGGUGAUUUUAGAUGUCAGAGUUCCUUGUACACCUGUUGCCAGACUGAACAACCACAGAGCAUGUGUCAAUGGCAUUGCUUGGGCACCACACUCUUCUUGUCAUAUCUGCACAGCUGCGGAUGACCAUCAAGCACUUAUCUGGGAUAUCCAGCAAAUGCCUCGUGCCAUUGAGGAUCCAAUCUUGGCCUACACAGCAGAAGGCGAAAUCAACAAUGUACAGUGGGCAUCAACUCAGCCGGACUGGAUAGCAAUCUGUUACAACAACUGCCUGGAAAUCUUGAGAGUGUAAAAACAGUUGGGCACUGAGGGGAAAAAAUGGAACUGGAUGGUGGUCUUUGCUCUCCUAUAAAUUUUUAAGAACAAAACUCCAUCUAGAAAGUGCCACUGGCUAUUCUAGGAAGACUCAGAACUGGCAUUGAUGGGUAAAUGUUGCUGUCGUCUCCCUCUUUCCCCACCCCACCCUCACCCUGUGACUUAAAUGCAGGGAUAUGCUGAGCCUUUCAGACCCUCUGGGAAUUUAUUACUUUCAAUUAAAGUUAUGUAUAUAUGUCA